CCCAUAGCCAAAGCUUUCUCCAUCAAAACCAUCAAAAAUGGAUUGAUUGAACACAUCCUUAAUGUUCUUCAACACAAAAGUUCCUCGGAUUCCGGAUCGUUAGACGUACGGAAGUAUCAUAUACCUGAUAUUUGGAUCAUCAUCGAUAUCUGAGGCUUUCAUUCACUGCACACAAAACAUCUAGUUUUCUUAGGUGCUUCGCUGAACAACUGUUGUACGAGCAACGAAUUCGGCCUGGGCAAGUUGCUUCUUUGAAGAGUUCCUUUGGAAUAUCUCAAGACGAGUCUGCAUUUUCCAAGUUGCAAAAACACGUGUCCUUCGACGAUCAGAGAAGUGUGGUCGAGCUUUUUGGUCCUUGACAUUUUCCGUACAGGCUUGGUAUUACAAGCGCUAUACACACCUUCUCGAACAUGAGUUCGUCUUCGUAACGUCUGUUCCAAGAAUACUACGAAAUCAUGGAGAAGGAGGUGGGUUCAAACGGUAUUUCACAUGACUAUUCUGGAGAACUAGUCCACGAACCUGAAGAAAUUCAAUCCGAAACCAGAUCCGGGAACCACAGAAGGACACUAUCUGGAAGCAUUAUGUCCAAACUAUCGUUCUUAUCGGGGCCUCGCAGUCAGCAGUCUCCGCCUCGCGAUGAACCGAUAUCACCAAAGAGAUCAACUAGUAGAGCUAUGGCUGUUGCAGUUCAGCAGCAAAAGACCAGGAGGAGGAAAGGUUCAUUGAGGAAGGCCGCAUUACUUGGUCGAGGGGCACAACGAGAUCGAAAAGAGUCCAAAAUAAUUCCUCAGGACACCAAUCAGCACAGCCAAUACUCCAGCAAUGCACUGCUAAGUCCUACCUCACCUGAAAAUAUUCGGCCUGUCAGUGGUCUUGGCUUGGGAAUAUCUGACGAAACUCCUCGGCCUUCCAUGGAAGGUCUGGCCAAUCGUAGUAAUAACACCUUACUACUACCUAUCAAAACCCUUCCCAUGGGGGCUAAUGACCAUAUCGUCACAUCACCAACAACGGCUACAAGUCCUACUUUAACCUAUGCAUCCACUACGGAUGAAGAAGACUUGCUCAGUAUUCCAUCACACAGCCUGCCAGCUGCAGCUCGUAUGCCAACUCCGUCGUCUAGUUCAGAUUCAUACUUUCCGCUCAGCGCUGGCUCAGUAGUUCGUCGGCGACUGUCUCAGAAGCAAAAAUCCCCACUAUCCAUUGGUGGAUUGGCCGCAAGUCCACUUCCUCUACCAGAUGCAGAAUGGGAUUACUCGGAAACUGAAUGGUGGGGUUGGGUUAUACUGAUUGUAACAUGGAUUGUGUUUGUUACUGGGAUGGGUUCAUGUUUAGGGGUGUGGAGUUGGGCUUGGGAUGUUGGAGAAACUCCUUAUGCUCCUCCUGAGCUGGAGGAUGAUCCAACAUUACCAAUUGUGGGUUAUUAUCCUGCAUUGAUUAUUUUGACGACAGUAAUGGCUUGGGUUUGGGUAGUUGUUGCUUGGGUUGGUAUGAAAUACUUUCGGCAUGCGAAGAUUAGUGGGGAUUGAAAAUGCCAUAUUUAAUGAUAAUGUUAAUUUACAAAUGAA